AUAAGGCUACUUUCAUAUCUAAGAUAUACAUUUCAUAUACCUUGUGUUUGUAUAGCAUAUAUUCCUAGUUGAUAUUAUCUAUAGAUGGAGCCAAUUGAACAAGGAAGCCAACCUGAAAAGGAAAAAUGGAAGGGCAAGGCCACAACAGAAGUAAAAGGAGCCAAAGCAGAACAAGUUUGGCCUCUUUUGGAGGAUUUCUUUGGCCUUGACAAGUGGUUCCCCACUCUCUCUACAUGCAUUCCAGUUGAAGGUAUCUCUGGCCAACCUGGGUGUGUUCGCUUCUGCGCUGGUUUCAAGACCCCUGUGGAUGAUGGCAAACAAACUGUGAAUUGGACUAAGCAGAAACUGCUAUCCAUUGACCCAACUCAACGGGUUUUUAGCUAUUCGAUCGUGGAUGGGAAUGUAGGAUUUCACUCCUACGUUUCAACUUUGAAGGUGCUGCCAAUGGCUGAGGGGUGUGAGAUUGAGUGGCUAUAUGAAGUUGAACCUGUUGAAGGGUGGAAACUGGAGCAUCUUGAUUCCUUCAUAGACACGGGCUUGCAGGUCAUGGCUCAGAGGAUGCAAGCAGCUUUGAAGACAAUGGAGGAAGCAGUAUUCAUGGCUUAAAAGUAAGGACAAAACUUAUAUACUGUUGCUUGGGUGUUGUUUGUAUUGUUGCAGGAUGAUCACAUUCUUUAACACACCCUUCUUUAACAUAUUUUAAAAAUUAUAAAAAUAGAAGAGACGGUCAUUAAAUGAAUUGUGAAAUUCAACAAAUUUUAUAUAUAAUUUUCUAUAAAUUUCAGUCAAUAAUAAGAUAUAUGUUAAAAGAGGGUGUUAAAGAAUUUAUUAACCUUCAUCUUAUUCUUUAAUUAUAGUUGAAGUUUUAUUUUGAUAAUCCAUGUAAUCUCUGUUGCAAACCUUUAUUACACCGAUUAUCAAAAUGAAAUUUUAAUUUUGAUUGGAGAAGAAGACAACCAACCCUUACAAAAGUAUAUCUAAGUUUUGUCCUGAAGCAAUUAAAGGAGUGUUAGUGCAAUAAAUUCUAAUAAUAAGAAAUAACCUAAAAUAAUUAUAUUUUUAAUAAAUUUUAAUUAUUAAUAAAGAAUGUGUGAAAAAAUAUGUUAGUAAUAUUUGUCAAGGGAUUAUCAUUUACCAAUAUAUGGCAAUGGAGCCUUUUCAGUUUAUCAAGUACUUUUAUUGCUGAGAAAAAAAAGUACUUUAAUUGAUGUGCUUGCGAUUUCAGUGUAUCAUUAGUAUGUACUUACUAGAUAUGCUGUUGCAUUGUGUUGUAGCAAUUAAAUAAAAAUUUCAGUUCAAAGUUACUUUGAGUUACGAAUAUA